AUGGCAGCCGGCGGUGGGUGGGCGCAAUUGCGUCAACAGAUUAGGACACUAGAGAGUCAGACCGAGGCAUUAUUCCACACGUACUCGCAAUUCGCCUUUACCCCGAACUUACCCGCCAAACCCUCGGAAGAAGAACAAAGGAACGAGGCAGAGAUUGAAGAGUUGCUCGACAAGCGGGAGCGUUUAAUAUCCCAACUGUCCCGACUUCUGGACUCGGAGAGUGCCUUGAGCACAUCUAGUCUGAAACAGAACAAUCUAUCGCGACACCGCGAAGUCCUAAGCGAGCAUCGACAGGAGCUUCGACGGAUCAAAUCCUCGAUCUCAGAAGCCCGAGAUCGCCAGCAUCUGUUGGCAAAUGUGAGGUCCGACAUCGACGCUUUCAGAAGCUCAAACCCGGCCGAGGCCGAAGCUGAGUAUAUGCUUCAAGAACGGGCACGGCUUGAUCAAAGUCACAAUGUGAUUGAUGGAGUCCUAGCCCAGGCGUAUGCCAUCAACGAGAACUUUGGCAUUCAGAGCGAGACGCUGGCGAGUAUCAACCGCCGAAUCACGGGCGCGGCAGCACAGAUUCCGGGCGUCAACGGUCUGAUUGCAAGGAUCGGUACCAAACGGAGAAGAGACGGAAUCAUCUUGGGCAGUUUCAUUGCCUUUUGCUUUCUGAUGCUGCUGUACUUCAGCUGA